UUUCAAAUUUCGAGAAGAUUAAAGUUUAGACAAUGAUUACAAAAUUGUUCCUGUUGACUGCUUUAUCAUUAAUGGUGUCAUCACAAAAUCAUGGAAGCUAUGGUGAUCCAGAAUCAUCAUCUAAAUUGCAUACAAAGUUUCCAUCUGAAAAUGUAUCAUUCAUCGAAAUCGGACAAUAUAGCGGAGAAGUCAACGAUUGGAAAUACAAGAAGUCUUACUAUGUCUCUAAAUCCUUUAAAGCAAACUGGGAUGUUGCAAAAGCAAUUUGUAGAUCAUUUGAUCUUGAACUAGCAACUUUUGAAACUUUGGAAGAAUUUCAAAACUUUGAGAAAAUCUUGGAAUCAACGAAUCCGUUUUCAGACAUAGCUCAUGUAGAUGGCAUUACAACGAAGCUAGGAUCAUUUUCUGAUUGGUAUUGGACAAAUUCAGGCGCUAAAAUUCCUUAUAGCUUGCUAUGGAAUCCUACCCAGCCAGAUAAUGGUAAAGGUUCAGAAGAAGCAUGUUUAUCAUUACAAAAAUUUCAAGGAAAGUAUGGCUUCAAUGACUACUUCUGUUCAAAACAAGCUACUGUUUUUAUUUGCCAGAAAACUCAAUUGUUUCAUGGGUGUUUUUGAUAACAUUCUGGAAUCAAAAUAGAUCGUUUUUUUAAUUUAAGUGCAUGAGUAGAUUUAGAGCUAGCAAUAACUUGAUGGUAUGCAACAUUGAUGUCUAAAUCUGCUAA